UAUAUCAAAAGCACCAUUGUAGAGCCCCGCUGAGACCUCACUAAGAGUGAUAAAGCUGCUCCGGCCAUUGUCAAAAUUGGAAAAUACAUUCAGCUGCAGAAGACGGUGUUACGUUUUAGCCUCACGUUGAUUGAAGAAAUGGAAAUAGAAAGACCAACCAUACAAGGCCAAGAAGAAGAUGACGAGGACGACUGCGUAUGGCUGGACGAAGCCUUCUUUGUAAAUCAAAGCUACGAGACACGAACUUUUGCCUAUGGCUCCCACGUUCUUCGACUCCUGUGUUUGGAGUCUGCUUCCACGGAUUAUGAUCUUACGGGACAGUUAGUGUGGCCAGGAGCAGAGCUGCUGAAUUAUCAUCUUGCUCAGAACUCAGAUUUUCUUACUGGGUGCUCUGUAAUUGAACUGGGUUCUGGUGUUGGAGUGACAGGACUUCUUUGUAGCAAAUUUUGCCGCCAAGUUGUCAUGACGGACCAUAAUGACAUUGUUCUUAAGGUAUUGAAACAAAAUAUUGGACUCCAAUCACCUGCUGAAACAUCAUCUUGUGCAGAGAUGACGUCUGAAAAGCUUGAAUGGGGAAACUACGAUCAGCUUUUAAAGAUUUUGGAGAAAUUCCCAGAGGGCUUUGAUCUUGUUCUUGGGGCUGACAUUUGCUUUCAACAAGGUAGCAUUCCUCUACUAUUUGACACAGUGGAGCAACUUCUACAAUUUGGUCACAAACGUUGCAGCAAAUUUAUGCUUGCCUAUGUUUCUCGGGCUAAGAGCAUUGACACUAUGGUUGCCGCUGAAGCCAAAAAACACGGUCUCAAGAUGCGUGAAGUUCAAGGAUCUCGAUCAAUGGUGGCUGGUGGAAGCCUUGAAGGAGUAAUUUUUGAAUUUGUUUUGCAUUAAAAAAAUGCAAUUGACAGAUUUUGAAUUGAUGGUGUUUUUCAAAUUAAUAAGAGCAAUUUUGAUUCUUCUAGAUAGCACUACAGGAAUUCAAUAAACUAGUUUAUUUAUUCUACAAACAUGAAACAUGACACUUCAAUUUAUAGUUGUAAAUGUCUAAAUUUGAAUUUUUUUUCAUGAGGUAGUCUUAGGAACACUCGUAAAGAUGGGUUCAAAUUAGGUCCCAGAUCAUAUGUCCAUCAAAUUUGAAUGUAUUAUGUUUGGCUUAACUAACAUAAAAUUGUUUUUCCCAUUUUUCC